UUGACCAAGUGAAGCUACAACUUUGCGGCAUAAAUUGUGGGGGGCCGAACCAUGUCGCUGACCAACACAAAGACAGGCUUUUCGGUCAAGGACAUCUUGGAUCUGCCGGACACCAACGAUGAGGAGGGCUCGGUGGCCGAAGGGCCGGAGGAGGAGAGCGAGGGGCCGGAGCCCGCCAAGAGGGCCGGGCCGCUGGGGCAGGGCGCCCUGGACGCGGUGCAGAGCCUGCCCUUGAAGAACCCCUUCUACGACAGCAGCGACAACCCGUACACGCGCUGGCUGGCCAGCGCCGAGGGCCUCCAGUACUCCCUGCACGGGCUGGCGGCCGGCGCCGCUCCCCAGGACUCGAGCACCAAGUCCCCAGAGCCCUCGGCCGACGAGUCGCCGGACAAUGACAAGGAGACCCCGGGCGGCGGGGGUGACGCGGGCAAGAAGCGGAAGCGGCGGGUGCUUUUCUCCAAGGCGCAGACCUACGAGCUGGAGCGGCGCUUCCGGCAGCAGCGGUACCUGUCGGCGCCGGAGCGCGAGCACCUGGCCAGCCUCAUCCGCCUCACGCCCACGCAGGUCAAGAUCUGGUUCCAGAACCACCGUUACAAGAUGAAGCGCGCCCGGGCCGAGAAAGGUAUGGAGGUGACGCCCCUGCCCUCGCCCCGCCGGGUGGCCGUGCCCGUCUUGGUCAGGGACGGCAAGCCGUGCCACGCGCUCAAAGCCCAGGACCUGGCAGCCGCCACCUUCCAGGCCGGCAUCCCCUUUUCGGCCUACAGCGCGCAGUCGCUGCAGCACAUGCAGUACAACGCCCAGUACAGCUCGGCCAGCACCCCUCAGUACCCGACAGCACACCCCCUGGUCCAGGCCCAGCAGUGGACUUGGUGAGCGCCGGCUCCUCCGAGACUCGCGGCCCAGGCCCAAGGCCCCACUCCGGCGCGGCGGCGGUGGAGAGGAGAACUCGGUCCAUAUUGCGGUUAUUAUUAUUAUAAUUAUUAUUACGGAGUCGAGUUGACUCUCGGUUGCGUUGGGGAGGCUCCGGGCGGUUGCCUGGAUCCCCCUGGAGUGGCAGAUUCCAUCCGCCCGGCUCUGUCCCACCCAACUCUCCUUUUAAACCUUUGGAGGAGGCUGAACUAUAAGCCGUGUUUACAGAAUGUUUGCGCAGCUUCGAUUCUUUGCUUCUCCCGGGGGCGGGGGGGGGGGCGAUGGGGGGGCCCAACCCGUCCCAGCGUUACCGUCGUCACUUGAGAAAAAGACCAACGCCCUGCCCCUCGCUUUCGUGAAUUUUGUAAAGUAUGUUUGUGUGAGUAGCGAUAUUGUCAGUUGUCUUCUUCUAAAGCAAAUGGAGAAUACUUUAAAGAUAGAAGAUUUUCUCUCCCCACCCCUUUUUUUUUUAAAUAAGAAAACGCUAUUUAUGGCCAUGUAAACGUUCGGACAACUGGCAGCAGAUUUCGGUUUUCGUUGUAAAUAUCGGUGGUGAUUGUUGCCAAAAUGACCUUCUGGACAGGCCUGUUCGCCCUCGGGGCCCAACUCCUUUGUGGUUUGUUUUGGUUUGGUUAUGUUUGGGUUAUUCCCACUUUACUUUCCUCCUUCCUUCCUUCCUUUUUUUUUUUUUUCUUUCAAUUUUGUUCAGUGCAAACAUUUCUCAAAUGUGAAAAAAGAAAAAUUGUGUAAGAGAGAAGCCCCUGCCCCCAUCCUCCCGGGUCCUGAGUCCCGGAACUCAGCGGUUCGGUGCGGUUCCCCACGAGCGCCGGACGCUGGAAGCU